CUACCCACACGCGCUCACAAUGUAGGAAGCGCUCCCUGAAAACAGAAGACUACUACCACACACACUGCUUACCAGUGACUGAUAUUAUUUGCUUCCAUCUUCGGAGUGUUGAUGGUAAUCUGAUUAAUUGGGGGGAUUUGGGUUUUGAGCAUGGAGGGCUGCUAUCCCACACAAAGUGAAAGGAUGGAAGCGUGGCUCGAUGACCAUUUGGAGUUCGCUCAUUCCUACGUUGUCAGGAAGGCUACAAGGGAGAUGGUGAAUGCAUGGUUUGCUGAGCGAGUCCAUUCCAUCCAGCCCUCCUCCUCCUCUUCCUCCUCCUCGUCAUCCCCCAAAGAAACCCUUCUACCCCAGAGACCCACCCAGCCCUCAGACGGCCCCUGCUUAGCCUCCUCCCUGCCCCCUUCCCUGGGCCUGAACGACAGGCGUUCCCCCUCCCCAGCCCCGCCCCCCAGCCCCGCUCCCAGCACCCCCACCCGCAAGAUCUCUGCAUCUGAGUUUGACAGGCCGCUGAGGCCCAUCGUGGUCAAGGACGCGGAAGGCUCACUAACCUUCCUCUGCGACACCGAACCUGACCGAGGCGACAUCCGGACUCCCUUCAGAACCCAGCAGGGAGGGGUCGGGGUUGGUAUCCCCACAGAGAUGAUGGGCGAGGUUGGCAGUGCCCGGGGGUUGGACCGCUGUGCCAGGCUGUUGGAGCUGGUGAGGGAUGUGUCGAGUCACCUGGAUGUGACGGCGCUGUGCCACAAGAUCUUCCUGCACAUCAACGAGCUGAUCACCGCGGACCGCUACUCCCUCUUCCUGGUGGGCGAGGACAGCUCCAACAGGAAGUUCCUGGUGAGCAGGCUAUUUGACGUUGCCGAGGGCUCCACCCUGGAGGAGGUGUCCAAUAGCUGCAUUCGUCUGGAGUGGAACAAGGGCAUUGUGGGUCACGUGGCGGCCACGGGCCAGCCCCUCAACAUCAAGAAUGCCUACGAGGACCCCAGGUUCAAUGCAGAGGUGGAUCAGAUCACAGGCUAUAAGACGCAGAGUAUCCUGUGUAUGCCCAUCAAGAACCACAGAGAAGAGGUGGUAGGAGUGGCACAGGCCAUCAACAAGAAGUGUGGAGAGAAUGGGACUUUCACUGAACAGGAUGAAAAGGACUUCUCUGCCUACCUGGCCUUCUCCGGGAUCGUCCUACACAACGCCCAGCUCUACGAGACGUCCCAGCUGGAAAACCGACGGAAUCAGGUGCUGUUGGACCUGGCCAGCCUGAUCUUGGAAGAGCAGCAGUCCCUGGAGGUGUUACUGAGGAAGAUAGCAGGCACCAUCCUCUCCUUUAUGCAGGCCCAGGGCUGCACUGUGUUCAUAGCUGACGGAGACGUUAUGAACUCCUUCUCCAGCGUGUUUCACAUGGAAUAUGAGGACCUGGGAGAGGCCAUGGACACCCCCAAAAGGGACUGUGACGUGAGUCAGAUAAACUACAUGUACGCCCAGUUUGUAAAGAACACCAUGGAGCCUCUGAACAUCUCUGACGUCACCAAAGACCAGCGCUUUCCCUGGAUGAGUGAGAACCCAGAGCACCCCAGUAACCAGAUCAAGAGUUUGCUCUGUACGCCUAUCAGGAAUGGGAAGAAGGAUAAAGUUAUAGGUGUGUGUCAGUUGGUGAACAAGAUGGACGAGGCGUCUGGGAACGUGAGGUCCUUCAACCGGAACGAUGAACAGUUCCUGGAGGCCUUCGCCAUUUUCUGUGGCCUGGGUAUACAGAACACCCAGAUGUAUGAAACAGUGGAGAGAGCCAUGGCUAAACAGGAGGUUACACUGGAGGUCCUUUCGUAUCAUGCCUCUGCUGCAGAGGAAGAGACGCGGGCGCUGCAGGUAACUGCGGUGGCCACUGUUCCGUCGGCCCAGUCUCUGCGUCUGAUGGAAUUCAGUUUCAGUGACUUUGAGCUGUCCGACGCUGAGACCACUCAGGCCACCAUACGCAUGUUUGUAGACCUCAACCUAGUCCAGAACUUCCAGAUGAAAUACAAGAGUCUGUGCCAGUGGAUCCUGAGUGUUAAGAAGAACUAUAGGAAGAACGUGGCCUACCACAACUGGAGACACGCCUUCAACACCUCCCAGUGCAUGUUCGCCUUGUUCAAAUCUGGCCGGUUACAGAGUAAUAUGACUAAUCUGGAGACCCUGGCCUUGAUGAUCGCCACUCUGAGUCAUGACCUGGACCACAGAGGGGUCAACAACUCCUACAUACAGAGGAGUGACCAUCCCCUGGCCCAGCUCUACUGCCACUCCACCAUGGAGCACCACCACUUUGAUCAGUGUCUCAUGAUCCUCAACAGCCCAGGGAAUCAGAUUCUAAGCAGUCUGUCUCUGGAUGAGUACAGGGCCACUCUGAAGAUGAUCGAGAGGGCUAUUCUGGCUACGGACCUGGCUCUGUACAUGAAGAGGAGAGGAGAGUUCUUUGAACUGACCAAGAACAGCCAAUUUGUCUGGGACGAUGACUAUCAUAAAGACUUGCUGAGGUCAAUGCUGAUGACUGCAUGUGACAUCUCUGCCAUUACCAAGCCCUGGCCAGUACAGAAGAGGAUAGCCACAUUGGUGGCUACAGAGUUCUUUGAGCAAGGGGACAAGGAGAGAGAAGAACUCAACAUUGAGCCAACAGAUCUGAUGAAUCGGGACAAGCAGGAUAAGAUUCCGAGCAUGCAGGUGUCGUUCAUUGAUGCCAUCUGCACACAGCUGUAUGAGACCCUGGCCAGUAUGUCUGAGUCCUGUUCCCCACUACUCGAGGGCUGCCAGAAGAACAGACAGAAUUGGAAGAUUCUGGCUGAACAGGGUGACAAAGGCUUCUUCAACGGAGUGGUGUAGGCCUGUUCAACGUCUCUCCUCCAUCCCUACUAUCGCUCCAUCCCUACUAUCACUCCAUCCCUACUAUCGCUCCAUCCCUACUAUCGCUCCAUCCCUACUAUCGCUCCAUCCCUACUAUCGCUCCAUCCCUACUAUCGCUCCAUCCCUACUAUCGCUCCAUCCGUACUAUCGCUCCAUCCCUCCACCACCAUGAGAAGACAACAUCAACACUAAGCUAUAUUUAUUACCACAGUCUUUAUUUUUAUUUUUGUGCACAAAGUCGACUUGCUACAUGAAGGAGGAGUCACUAUAUUAUAUCUCUCACAGUCGGGGGAAGAACACUGAAGGUGUGUGUGUGUGGCGGGUGCCUGUGGCUACUAUCGGCCUACUGAGCACCAAGGGAUCAAGAUGCCACCAGAGAAAAGACAGACCUGGGUUCAAAUAUGAUUUGAAAUCUCUCAAAUAUUUUGAGCCCGUCUGGAGUGCCAGAUGGUCGGGCAGGAUUUGUACUUUUGAGACUAUUGCAUUGGUUCCGUUGUACCAAGCAGCUCAAUGAAACAUUACAACUACUAUUUGAACCCAGGUCUUAGCUCAUUGCGAUGGCUGGAAGGGAAUUAAUGUAACGGUAUAGAUACAACUUACUUUUACCCACCAUAAAGCACCACAAUCAUAAGCUUGUUAGUAAUAGCAAUGCAAACUCACACACCACACACUCACAACACAAAGGUUUUGAGAGAACGUUCAUCUUAUGUAACAAUCACUCGUCUUACCUAUUUCAUAUUUAUUUGUUUUAUAUAUUUAUUCAAUUUCUAUACUGUAAGGUCAAGUUUCAUGUUGAUAACACACACGUCUCUGCUUUGAAAACUUUCCUGGACCAUCCAUUCACCCGUGUAUUUUUACACAUUGUGUUAUUAUUUGCAUUUUGUCAAUUGUAAAGGAGCCAAAGACGUGUGUUCUAGAAGAUUCCACUGCCAUCCGGUGAUAUGAUAGGUGUGAGUCACAUUUCCAAAAUAACCCGUUUUGUAUGUACAGACAUUUACAUUACAUUUACAUUUAAGUCAUUUGGCAGACGCUCUUAUCCAGAGCGACUUACAAAUUGGUGAAUUCACCUUCUGACAUCCAGUGGAACAGCCACUUUACGAUAGUGCAUCUAAAUCAUUUAAGGGGGGGGUGUGAGAAGGAUUACUUUAUCCUAUCCUAGGUAUUCCUUGAAGAGGUGGGGUUUCAGGUGUCUCCGGAAGGUGGUGAUUGACUCCGCUGUCCUGGCGUCGUGAGGGAGUUUGUUCCACCAUUGGGGGGCCAGAGCAGCGAACAGUUUUGACUGGGCUGAGCGGGAACUGUACUUCCUCAGUGGUAGGGAGGCGAGCAGGCCAGAGGUGGAUGAACGCAGUGCCCUUGUUUGGGUGUAGGGCCUGAUCAGAGCCUGGAGGUACUGCGGUGCCGUUCCCCUCACAGCUCCGUAGGCAAGCACCAUGGUCUUGUAGCGGAUGCGAGCUUCAACUGGAAGCCAGUGGAGAGAGCGGGGAGGAGCAGCAGAGGAGGUUGGUGGGAGGAGCUACAGGAGGACGGGCUCGUUGUAAUGGCUGGAAUGGAAUUACUGGAACGGUAUCAAACACAUAGAAAUCACAUGGUUAACUCCAUUUCAGCCAUUACAACGAGCCCAUCCUCCCUCCUAUACCUCGUCCCAACAGCCUCCUCUGAUGCAAAGAUGACCCCACCCGUAGUCCCUCAUAAUGGACCAGCUCCCUGACC